AUAACACCAUUGUUACGCCAAGGAUCUUGACGCCAUGUGGCGCCGAGAAAUACAAUAGCUGUCGUGCAUCUUGAACAAACACCUCGCAGACACGGCGAAACGUCGCGCGGUUAUGUUAUUUGGUCUCGAGCAAAAUGCCCCAAUACAGCAUCCGCGGGCACGAGGUGCACUUCCCGCACCAGCCUUAUGGCGUGCAGCUCAGCUUCAUGGAGAAGAUGCUGCGGACGCUCGACGAACAGGGCAACGCUCUCCUGGAGGCCCCCACCGGCUGCGGCAAGACGCUGUCGUUGUUGUGCGCCGCGCUGGCCUGGCAAGCGAAGCGCAAGCGCGAGCUGCAGGAGCGAGCAGCUGCCCGCCUUCGGCGCCAAGUCGAGGGCGGUGGCAGUGGUGACGGCCCCGGUCCCAGCACACACAGCGCGGCGCCAGAGGCAGCUGCAGGAGGAUCAGGCGGCUCGCGAGGACGCGAGCGCAGGUCCCACCGGGACAAGGCUGGCGGCAAGGCGCCCGGCAAAGGCGCGCACGGUAAUGCGGACGAUAGCAUGUCAGAGGACGAUGAUGACGCCACCGACUUUGAGCCCAAUGCGGCCGGGGCCGAGGGCGCUGACAUCAAGAAAGGCAGCAGGAAGCCGGGCGGCUCAGACCUGAAGCACCAGGAUGCAGCAGCCGGCGCUCAGGAGGAGCAGGGCGCCGGGGCCGGGGCCGCCGAGGAAGACGAGGAGGGCGAGCCGCCCAAACUGCCGCGCAUCUUCUUUGCAACGCGCACGCACAGCCAGAUUGCACAGGUGGUGCGUGAGCUCAAGCGCACCGCCUACAAGCCCAGCAUGGCCAUCCUGGCUGCCAAGCAGCACUACUGCAUCAACAAGGCAGUGCUGCGCACCGGCCGCGUGGACGAGGAGUGCGAACGCCUGGCGCGCGAGGAGGCGUUCCCCUGCAGGUUCCGGAACAAGGGGGGCGGCAAGCAGCCCAUGCGGGUGGCGGUGGCGGCGCAGGUUCACGACAUCGAGGAGCUGUCUUCCGCCUGCGCCAAGGCCAAGACCUGCCCCUACUUCACCGCUCGCGACCUGGCGCUCACGGCUGAGCUCGUGUUCUGCCCCUACUCCUACCUGCUGGACCCCGUGGUCCGCGCCGCGCUGGGUCUGGAUGUGGGCAGCUCGGUACUCAUAUUCGACGAGGCGCACAACAUGGAGGACGUGUGCAGGGAGGGCGGCUCCAUGGAUUUGGACCUGGACGCGCUGCGGGAGGUGGAGGCGGCGCUGAGACUGGCGGCGGCGCUCACGGGGCGGCCGGAGAUCUACGAGCCGCUUGCAGAGGGCUGCAACCGGCUGGUGUUGUGGCUGGCGCGUUACGAGGAGCGGCCGGACGGCAUGGCGGCGUCCGGCUUUGAGGAGCACGAGGCAGUGUGGCAGGGGCCCAGGGCCCUGACCGCACUGGACGAGAUGGGCCUGUCCUCACACAUGGUGGCGGAGCUGUGGCGGGCCUACGAGCAGGCCAAAGCCUUCGAGGAGAAGGCCACCUUCACCACCGAGGGCGACGCCGCCAACGAGGCGGUGCCUGCCAACGUGCGGCGGCCCGGGGUCGGCGGCGGCGCGCUGGGCAUCGUGGGCCGCCUGCUCACCGUGCUGCGGCUGCUGUACGCCCCCGCGCCGCCGCCGCCCCAGCCGCUGCAGCCCCGCCACGGCGCCCACAUGCACCCGCACGCCUCAGGGCAACCCCACCACCACCACCACCAGCAGCAGCAGCAGCAGCAGCGGCAGCGCUAUCCGGGUCAGCCCCAUCCAGGCGCAGCCGCCGGCCCCUGCCCUGGCGGCGCCGGCGCCGCCGGCGGCGGAGCCGCGGGCGCGCUUGCCGCCGGCGGCGGUUUCAUUCCCUCUGGCCCGUCGCCAACAGGCGGCGGGCCGGCGGGUCCCGGCGGCGGGGCUCCCCGCAUGCCGCUGCCGCCGCCUCCCGGCCCUCUGCAGCGCGACAACAGCGGGGACUACCGAGUGGUGGUCAAGCGCUGGAUCGCGCACGGCGCCAAGGACCGGCGCAAGGCCAGGUCCCGCCUGCGCGGCGCAGCCGGCGACGACGAGGCGGCGGCCGCUGCUGCGCCGGGCCCGGGCGCGGCUGUGUCGCUGUCGCUGUGGUGCUUCAACCCGGCCGUGGCGUUCAGACACCUGGCGGACAAGGCGCACAGCGUGGUGCUCACAAGCGGCACGCUGGCCCCGCUGGACUCGUUCGCCAGCGAGCUGGGCACUGAGUUCCAUGUGCGACUGGAGGCGCCGCACGUGGUGGACAUGGGCCGGCAGGUGUGGGCGGGCGUGGUGCCUCGCGGCCCGGGUGGCGGCGUGCUGAGCUCCACGUUCAAGGAGGCGGCCACGUUCCGGUUCCAGGACGAGGCGGGCGAGGCGGUGCUGAGGUACUGCCAGGUCAUUCCCGACGGCGUGCUGAUGUUCGUGCCCAGCUACGGCCUGCUGGACAAGCUGGUCACACGGUGGAAGGCCACUGGGCUGUGGUCUCGGCUGGAGGGCUGCAAGACGCUGGUGACGGAGGGGCGCGAGGCGGGCAAGGGCUUCGAGGACGCCAUGAGCCGCUACUACGCCGCAGUGCGCAGCGGCAGGGGCGGCCUGUUCAUGGCCAUUUGCCGCGGCAAGGCGUCGGAGGGCAUCGACUUUGCGGACCAGCACGCGCGCGGCGUCAUCCUGCUGGGCAUACCCUUCCCCGCCGUCAAGGACACCAAGGUGCGGCUGAAGAAGGAGUACAACGACGCAGGCUCAGGUCCCACCAGCGGCCGCCCGCCCUCGCAGCGGCUGCUAAGCGGCGACGCCUGGUACUCGCAACAGGCCUUCCGCGCGCUCAACCAGGCCGUGGGCCGCUGCAUCCGGCACAAGUACGACUGGGGCGCCAUCAUCCUGCUGGACGAGAGGUUCAGGGGCCCAGGCCGGCAGCAGCAGCUGUCGCGCUGGGUGCGCGCGGCAGUCAAGGUCCACGAGUCUUUUGACGCCAGCGUUGCCGACCUGUCCGCAUUCUACCGCUCCCUGACCGCCGACCCGCCGCGGCCGCCGCCGCCGCCGCCAGUCGAGGACGCGCCAGCCAGCGACGCCAAGGGCGUGGCGGCGUCCUCAGCUGCUGCCGGCAAGGCCGGUGCAGCGGGCAGCGGCAAGGCUGGGGUCAAGGGCGGAAAGGGCGGCAAGCCGGGUAUCGAGCUGCGGUAUGAGGAGGACGUGAUUACUCCGGGUGGGCCGCGUGGCGGUGGUACCGGCAAGGGCAGCGGCGCAGCUGUGGCGCCGGGCUGUCGCCCCUUUGAGCAGUUCCGCAUGGCGGCUGGCGGCGGCGUGGCGGCAGGUGGGCAGGUCGGCGCUGAGGCUGCGCCUGGUGGCGGAGCAGGCGCCGCGACGGCCGGCGGCGGCGGCACGUCACGCCCCAUUACGUCGUACUUUGGUCAGGUUGCGCCGGCGCCUGCUGCAGGCCAAACGGUGGUGGCGGCGGCGGGGGCAGUGGAUGGGCCGGCGCUCGGCGUUCCGGCGAGCUGUGGCGGUAGCGGCGCCGACGCGUCGUGCAGUGAAGCAUCAGGGCCAGCUGGGGGCACACCAGCCAACCUGUGGGGCCGACACAGCGGCCACACACCUCCACUGCCCCAGCAAAAGCCAUGGCAACAGCAGCGACAGCAGCAAUCGUGGCAGGCAGCCCCGCACCACGGCAGUGCUGGGCUGGUUGCCCAACAGCCAACGCAGCAGUACCACGCGCCGCCGCCGGGCCAACCUCAGCAGCUCCAGCCGCCGCAGCCGCAGCCGCACAGCUGGCAAGGGCAACUGCCCCCUCCGCAACAGGCACAGGCAGGGCCGGGGGCUGCCGCGGGGCCGCCGCCGCCACAGCAUCAGGGCUGGCAGCGGCAGCCAACACAAUGGCGGAGCCAUCCGCCGCCGCCGCCGCAGCAGCAGCAGCAGCAGCCGUGGUCGGAUGCGUCUGCUACGGCGCCUCCUCCAACCCACAGCUGGUUGCCGCACCAGCAGCGACACCAACCCCAGCAGCAACACCAGCAUGCGCUACAACCGUUGCCACAGCAGCCGCAGCCGCACCAGCCGGCCACUUCUUCACGAGGCGGAUGGAGUCAGGCGCCCGGCCUGCAGGCGCAGCCGCAAGGCCCGCAGGCGCAGCAGCCACAGCAGCCACAGCAGCCUCCAGUCUGCAUGGGGCCUCCUGGGACGUGGCACGCGCCGUCCACCAGGGGUGGCAUGAUGCACGGCAGCUGGCAGCCUGCGCCGCAACAGCACCAACAGCACCAGCAGUGGCCACAGCAACAGCAGGCACCACAGCAGCCGCAUCCAUCUCCGCUGCAGCACCAAGCAGGAGCUGCAGCAGCCGUUGCCGGCCGGUCGCCCCUUCCUGGCGGCUUAGACUACGCGCGCGUCGUGUCACCGGCUCCGCCAAGCGCUGGACGCCGCAGCUUGGAGCCUCCGCCGGCAUCGCCGCUGUGCGCUCAGGUACCGCCGCAGGUGUCGCCACUGCCCCACGGCAGCACGCCGCCUCCAGUACAGCACUGGCAGCCGCAGCUGCUGGGUCCUCAGAGGCAGCAGCAGGGUCAGCGGCAGCAGCAGAUCGGAUCCUGCCUGCCGCCGGCGCACGUGCAGCGGGCCGCGCAGCAGCUCGCGGCCACCACUUCACCUCCUCGCACCUUUGAGCCUGCCGGCCAGCAGAGCGGAAAUGCGGCGGGCCCCAUCCAGCAUCCUGCCUCCGCCCGCCACGCAACACCUGCCGCAUCCGGCGCUUGGCAGCAGCCGAAUGCGUCACACCCCCACGCGUUGCAUUACCAGUACCUGGACACGCACCAGCAGCAACCGCACCACCAGCAUGCGGGGCCGCCGCCGCAACCGCAGGGUGGCUUGCGCGGGCCGGGCACUGGUGGACAGCCGCAAGGUCCCAGUGGCGGGCAGCCGCUACAGCAGCAGCCGCUACAGCAGCAACAGCAGCAGCAGCAGCAGCAGCCUAGUGGUGGUGGUGGCGGCUGGUCAGGGCAAGUGCGGGAGCACCAUCCACCGCAGCACUGGCAGCAGGCCCCAGGCAGUAGCGGUGCGCCGGCGGCGGCUCAGCUGCACCCGCAGCAUCAGUACCAGCACCAGCUGCCACCGCAGAGCUUGAGUGGCUGUGGGUGGAACGCGCCGCCGCCAGCGGGGCUGGCGGGCCCUGCGCAGCCGCUGCAGUGCAGGGACCCAAACGUCCCGCCGCAGCAGCCCUACGCUGGCAACACGUCAGGGCAACACGGCGGUGCAUGGCGCGGCGGCGGACCCGCGAGCGCGCAACCAGUGCCAGGGCCCGCCAGUGUGUGGGUCGCCAAGCCGGGCGCCGGCGGCGGUUCGGACGCACCUGCAGUAGCCGGCAAGGCGGGCGGGGCUGUGACCACGGCGGCCGGUGUUGCAAAGACGCCAGUGGUGCCGCAGGGGCGGCCCGUGAAGCGCUACACAUCCAACCGACUGCGAGAGGCGGCGGACAAGCGGUCGCGGCUACAGGAGCGCAGCGGCGGGGAAGCUUCUGCGCCGGUGGGGCCGCAGGGGCAGCGCAGGCCCAGCGCUGGGGUGCACGCAGGUGCGGGUGCACGUGCAGGAGACGCAUGGGACGCCGACGACGAUGACGACUUUGUGUGAGGCAGUGCAUUUGUGCCUAAAGGCAUUACACAUGUUCUAGGCAUGUGCCAAGCACAAGCUGUUGCGGGUGCCAUCGCGGCAUGUAACUGGGAAGGGGGGGUGCAGGAGAGAAGCAUUUGCAGCAGGAUGACUUGUGACGUGUGGUAGCACACGCCAGAAAAUGGGACGUUAUACAUUGACAGACGGUCAUGCGCAAACAUGGAAGCGCACCCACUGCAUCAGUGUGAGUUCACCCGGACUAGGCAGGUACAGUGGCUCUGCGCUAGGCAUGUGCUGUGGCGUGCGGAGAGAGGACAAUGAACACAGAACACCAGGGAAUAUCUUAUGGACACUCCACCAAGGCUGUCAGAGUGGCACGGCUGGCAGCGUCCUCAGAGUUGCCAGUAAACGUGACGAAUCGACUACGCUACGUAGUGCAGUAUCCAUCCCGCACAACAUGUGACACGCUGCUGCCGUAUCUAUUGAGGGGUGCCGACUGACACCGCAAACAGCACACAGCGUAAUGUUGGAUGCCUCCGACCAUACAUUCGCACGCCCUGCCGCCGUCCUUACAUUCCCUAGUGCGGCCCGUUUGCCCAUGCACGCCUUCCUGGUGCCACACCUACAACGCAGAAAGCAGCGCUCGUAUCUUACGAAGGC